GUGGUUUCUGGGAACAUCGUGCACGAUAACAACAGAGUAGCCUCACUUUUUCAGUGUUAGGAGUAUUUAUUUAACGCUGUUUGUUUAGUAUGAAUUGCAGGAGAGGAGCGAUGGACUGGCGGUGGACGGUUUUCACGCUGUUUUUGAACUUUCAGUUCACUUACGGAGCUCCCUCCUCUUAUGACUUGUUCCAAGGGUCUGCAUACACUGGAGUGGUCCAAAGACAGAGAAACAGGAACUGGUGCGCCUAUGUGGUGCGCAAGAACGUGAGCUGCGCGGUGCAGGGGAGUGUGGAGAGCUUCCAGGAGCCCGUGGUGGCCCCCUGCCCAGCCUACCAGGCCAACUGCCAGCAAAAAGUGACACACCAAAAUCGGUUUCGACCUACGUACAAGCUUUCCUUCAAGACGGUCACGGAGUUGGAGUGGAGAUGCUGUCCUGGUUACCACGGUCUGGACUGUAAAGAUAUAAAACCAGCCCUAGAUCGACACACUGUUCAGGGAACACAACCUUACCGCCAACCAAAUCCUGGAUAUACAACCAGACACACACAGAGGCCAGAGCGGAGAGAGACAGGGCAACAUGAGAUGAGGCAUGGCGAAACAGAUAAGGUGCAUCUUCUCGAAGGGGAAGUCCAGCGCUUGUCUCAGACAGUCCAGGAUCUCCAGUCCGCGGUGACAGGGUUAACUGCCAACCUCCGCACAGAUCUGCAGGAAGACACCAAGAAGAUAUUGAUGACACUUCUCAACAAUAUGCGUCCACCAGACAGUGCUACGGCGGCAGGCAUAGAGGACAGCCCUGCAGUGCUGGAUGGUCAUCAAGCUACCAGAGGUGGGAUUGCUGAAGACAAUACUCUAGAGAAAAUAGUGAACCGGUUGGAUGAUAUCAACAAUGAACUGAAAAGAAAGGAUGACGCUCUGGAAGACCUAAGAGGAACCAUGACAAGUCAUGAGGGGCAGAUCCGCGUCCUGAUGGAUGCCUCUCAAUCUCAGACUCCAGCCAUAGCGGAGUUCGAUGUUAUACAGACCUACGUUGAUGGGAAAUUUGAGAAGCUGAAAAAGGAGCUCGACCAAAAUGUGGAGGAACAGAUGGCCGAGCUACAAAGCUCAUGCAACGACAAGAUCAAGACCUGUGAAGACAGCCGCGAUCAAGGUUUGGUCAGCCUGACCAAGCUGGUGGAUACCAAGGAGACUGAUCUGAGAAAGGAGAUCCGGGGACUACGUCUGGACAUGGCUGCAGCAGAUGGACCCAUACGAACUCAAAGGCAGACGGAUCCAUCCAAAGCGGUCGAGGACCGUAGUAACAACAAAGACCUGUGGCGGGAGGUCGACCGCAUUGCAGAGGCUCACCGCGUCCUGAAUGUACGCAUUGACAACGAGCUGGCGCACCUGUCUGAACCUCAGGAGGAUAAUGAUUUCAGCUUCAUAAUCGAAGACCUGGAGGGACGCAUUAACGUCACGGAGCGAAAUGCUGAGACUCACUGUUUCUAUAUCGAAGAGAAGCUGACCCGAACGAUCUCGCUCGAAGUGGCAGCAUUCCGGCAGCUUCUGGAGGAGCGUCUGAGCAACAUGGAGGACCAGUUUACGGACAUGCUGGUGGAAUUGAGCAACAGCUCCUUCCCUGGGAUGUUUAGCGGAUCCAUGGAUGCCCUGCAGACAGAAGUCAACAACAAUAAGUUCCUCCUCCAAAGUUUGGAUGAUAAGGUCAACGCUGUUGGAGAGUUAUGCUCUGCAGGAUGUUCAGGCUCAGGAAUUAGUGUCGGUACAUUGAGUUCCUCGCCCACACCUCAAGGGCUAGAAACCAUUUUGAAGGACCUGAGUCGGUAUAGGAAUGAUUUGGACAUUCUCCACACAGAUGUCAAUGCCAACGCGGACAAGCUCAGGCAACUGGAAGAUCUGGUUGGACGACAGUCAGUCGUAAUUGAGAGACGUGCGGAGACGAUGGAUGUCUUCCAGAAGGGAUUGAUCCAUCUCCAAGAUAAUGUGCUUGGUCUGGCUGGUUCUGUCGGCGGGUUAAGUGACUCCUUAAGCGAAUACAACCAGGAUAUGCACAGAAUGAACUUGACAUGCUGCCGCGCGGAGCAGAGCGGCUUUGCGAAUCCGGCACGGGACAACUGGGCAUCGGUGAUCCCAGUACCCAGUAGCCAGGCAGAGGACACCAGACGCCACGUGGAAGAGCUGAUCACCAGGCUUGAUACGUUCAGUAGGCAGGUGUCAUCGGAGCUGAGUCAAUGUAAACAGAACACGCAGAGUGUUUCUGAUGGCAUUACUGCUGUGGAUGGGCGCGUGUCCAACCUUGAAAAGGUGUGUCGAAGCUUAGAUGGGGUUUCCGCCAACAUCAAAGAGCUUAAUGAGGGACUGGAGAGACAUGUUAGUGGUCUGAGGGACUAUGUGUCCAGGAUGAACGUCACCUGUGGAAAUCAUGACGCGGACAUCGUCGCCCUGCAGCAUUCCCUGCAGAGGUUCCAGGCGCAGCUGUCUGCGAUGGCCAAACACGUCCUACAAGACGUCGCCGCCAAAGAGCCAGGAAUGACCUUAAGACCAGAGAGGCCCGCUUCUUCGCCAGACUCCACCAGAACCAGAGUCCAACAAUUCCACAUCCCUCUCGUCCUCCCGCCGCUGCCAUCCAGCCCCAGGCAGCCGCACAAUCCCAGCCAACCUCUGCAGCCCAACGUGCACACGAUUAAGAUCAGCUCGCCAAGCCAGCCGUCCAGCCCCUGGCAACCGGGCCACGGCCCUCCCCUGUCGGUCCCCUUAAGGCCGGUGGUGGAGACGGGCGAGGCGGGACCUCCAGGGUACAGCCGCAGGGUCACGGUGCGGAGAGGGUCCGAGGACUCGUCCAGCGUGCCCGUCAAAGGAUUUGCUGGAGUGGCAGGCUAUCCGUCUGUGCAGCCGGCGUCUUUCCAGCCUCAAUCAGCCAGCCACCAAGUUCCCGGAGCAGCGAAGAUGCCCUGGAACCCGAUGCUUCGCGCUGCAGUUGAAUCACCAGUUCCUGCCGACAUCGACGCAGCUCCCUUCUCCUUCUCUGCUGGCCUCACACAGCAGCCGCUCUCUGGAGACUUUGGCUUCAUCCGCUUCAACAGAGUUCUCGUCAAUGACGGAGGACACUACAAUCCCCACACAGGGAUCCUCACUGUGCCUCUGGACGGCCGGUACCUGAUUUCGGGACUGCUGACCGCCAAGCAGGGCGACCGCGUGGAGGCCGUCCUGUCCGUGGCCAACCGCAGCGUCCAGAGGCUGCAGAGCUCGGCGGGGCCCUUGGCCGGUCAGCACGGGGGCUCGGCCGGCGGCGACUGCGGCUGCGGAGGCUCGGUGUCCUUCAGUCUGAUCCUGCCCCUGAGGAAAGGAGACAGCGUGGGCCUGGUGAGGACCGGAGGCCAGCUGGCCACCACCGGCGCCAGGGAGAUCCUGUCCACCUACAGCGCCGUCUUCCUGUACGCACCGCACGACAAGAGAUAGCUGGAGCUCAGCUGACAGCACGGACUGCUUUGUUCCCAGAUAGUUGGACUGGGGGGGGGAGAGAUGUUGGAGUAACCAUAGUUUUCACUGUUUUGCUGUGAUGCCGCUUCUUUGCCACGCAGUAUGAAGAUCCUCUUAUUAAUUCAGUUAAGUCUUUACAUUGCAAUGUGUAAGCCAUUUGCCAAAUAUACCUGAAUACAAGAAGCAGGAUUUGUUUCUAAUAUAUUUGAUUAUCAAGAUGCCUCUUUGUACCCGUUGUGAAUGUCGUGUAAAUAAGUGUUGAGAAAUUUACAUAAAAAUGCAUAAAAUGUUAUUAUUUUUAACAAAACCAAUCUCAGUCAGUGUGGCAGAAUGCAAUAUCAAUGAUUCGGCCAUAAACCAUAAUAAAUCAAAGCAUGAGCUCA